AUGGCCGCCGCACUCCCGACCUUCCCCAGACUGGUCUUCACCGUCUUCGAACCCAUCUCGCUCGCCGCCGGCUUCCUUGGAGCCGUCAUUGACCCGGAUUGGUUCAUAUCCGAGCAGAUUGCUUCGGUCGCGACCACCAGUCCGCCAACCCCGGCCACAGAUCACAGCCGCCUCGUCGCCCUACAGCUGGGCAACAUCUAUCUUCUCAUGGCCAUGGUCGGCUUGGCUGUCCUCAAUUCCACCAGCGAGCUGAAGGUGGUGCGCAGUUAUCUCGUCGCUCUGUGGAUAGCCGAUCUCGGCCACAUCUACGUGUGCUAUCAUGUUCUGGGCCUGCAGAGAUUCAUCGACGUUGCAAGUUGGAAUUCUAUGACUUGGGGCAACGUGGGAGUGACGGCAUUCCUGUGUCUGACCCGCUCGGCCUAUCUCAUGGGGUGGUUCGGGGCAGAUGUAGAGGACACCAACAGCUCAUCAAAAAAGCGGGAAUGA